CCAUUUAACAAUAAACCCUGGUUCCACGCCCAUGCCAAGAAAUAUUGAAGGUGCAACCCUCACUCUGCAGUCGGAAUGUCCAGAAACGAAACGUAAAGAAGAGACUCUCCACAGCACCUCUGACAUCAAGUCCUCUGGUCUCUGCCUGAACACUUCCAGAAUGAGGAGAGCAUAGUGUUUCACAGUUCAGCCUCAUACAUUUGUUGGCCACCUCUGAUUGUUAGAAAGCUUUUGUUCGCAUGGAACCAAAAUCUGCCCUCCUGUAGCUGCUGCCCACUGGUUCUAGCUCUCCCUUUCUGAACAGCAAGCUUCCUCCCUGAACAGCAAGCUUCCUCCCACAGGACAACCCAUCAAGUAGUUAAAGAUCAUGAAUUUCUCUGCAUCUUCUCCUGUGCAGGCUAAACACCUCCAUUCUCUUAAAAUAUCCCUCUUAGAACCUUUUCCCCCAAAUUUCUCAUCAGCCUGGUCACCUUUGCUUGUACGAGUUCCAGUUUUCCAAAGUCCUCUUAAAAUUCGUAAUUGGCACAAUCUCACAAGUGUGAGUCAAUGAGCACUGAAUACCGUGCGACUCUUUAUCUCUUAAUCUGGACACUGUACUACAAUUACUGUAUGAUUUAGAUUUUAUUAGCAGUGACAUCUUACUGUUAGCUUGCACUUGGAAAUCUCUAGAAUAGUGGUUCUUAACUGGGGGCAGUUUUGUCACCCAGGAGACAUUUGACAAUGUCUGGAGACAUUUUUGGUUGUCACACUGGGGAAUUCCUACUGGAAUCUAGCGGGUAGAACCCAGAGAUCCCGUUAAACUUUCUACAGUGCACAGAACAGCUCCGUACAACAAAUAAUGGAUUAUCUGGCCGCAAAUGUCAAUUAACUGUAUUCCAAUAAAACUUUACGUACAAAACAGUCAGUGGGCUACCCACACUACCUUGAGACUAGAACAUAGGGAGUUGUAGAAGAUCAGGGCAGCAAGGUAGCAGAGAUCCAGACGUGGAAGGCAAUGGUAGCAUGCCAGGGGACUUGGACUGUGUUCUGGAAAUAGCGGGAAACCACUGAAGGUGUCGGAGCCAGGGAGUGAUGUGGUUAGAGUAGCAUUUUAGAAAGUUUGUUCUGGUAGCCGUGGUAGCUUGACUGCCCAGUUGGGAAAUAGUUGUAGUUUAGGUUUGUGAUUUCAUUUGAUUCUGAUGAAGGAUAGCAUGGAAAGAAUCCAGAACUUCUGUUGAAAUAUAAGAGAACUUGGUAUAUUACUGGAGCCAUGAACUGGGUAUGAGUCAAAGGAUUCAUCCAUUUUUCCAAGUGUGUUGAGUUUCUUCUGCCUCUUAGCAUAGCGGCCACAUAGAUGACUGAUGGAGCUUCAAGUCUAGGAAGUGAGUUAAGUAGAGCCCACUGUUAUAGGUACUUUGAGGCAUAUUCAGAGCGCUCUGUGUUUGCUGAGGAGAAAGCGGCUGACUCUCCUGUCCCCCUCAGCCUCCAGGAAUGGUAAUUCCAUAACAGGAAUCAAGAAGACAGGCAGGGGAGAAAGUCUGGUGGGGAAAUGGAUGAGUUUGGUUGGAGUACAUUGAAUGUAUGUAUAGUCCUUGGAGAAAAGUAGAGUGAACAAGUUGAGAAGCCCUUUGGGAAUGUGGAUCUGAAGUCAAGGACGUGGCUUGGGAUUAGACUUGUGGAUCCAUGAAGGGGCAGUAGUUCAAACUGUGGGCAAAUUACCCAAGGGAGAAGUAAGAGUUGAUUCUGAGAAUUUAAGGCAUUUUAGAAAGAGAAAGAGGAACCAAAGAUCACAUAGUCCCAGGGAUGGGUGGAAGACAGUGUUGUGGAAACCGAGGGAAGAGAGAUUCAAGAAGUGUAAAGCGGUACCAGUGCACCUUUGAGGGCUGUCCCCGCACCUACAGCACAGCAGGCAACCUGCGCACCCACCAGAAGACUCACCGAGGGGAGUACACGUUUGUCUGCAACCAGGAGGGCUGCGGCAAGGCCUUCCUCACCUCCUACAGCCUCAGGAUCCACGUGCGAGUGCACACGAAGGAGAAGCCAUUUGAGUGUGACGUGCAGGGCUGUGAGAAGGCAUUCAACACGCUGUACAGGCUGAAAGCACAUCAGAGGCUUCACACAGGGAAGACGUUUAACUGUGAAUCUGAAGGCUGCAGCAAGUACUUCACCACACUCAGUGAUCUGAGGAAGCACAUUCGAACCCAUACAGGAGAAAAGCCAUUUCGGUGUGAUCAUGAUGGCUGUGGAAAAGCAUUUGCAGCAAGCCACCACCUUAAAACUCACGUCCGUACACAUACUGGUGAAAGACCCUUUUUCUGCCCCAGUAAUGGCUGCGAGAAAACAUUCAGCACUCAGUACAGUCUCAAAAGUCACAUGAAAGGUCACGAUAACAAAGGACACUCGUACGGUGCACUUCUAAAUCACAAUGGAUCAGAGGAUACAAAUCACUCACUUUGUCUGAGGAAUUUGAGCCUUCUGUCCACAGAUUCUGAAUUUCAAGAAAAUUCCAAUACAGGCCAGAAUCUCAGCACAGUUUCACCAGCAAUCCUUUUUGGACCAAUGUUCCAGAAGUCAGAUGAUAUGGCAAUUCAGGGAGAUCCUCAACAGACAGCUGCCUUGAUUGAAAGUUUUAAUGGUGAUGCAGAGUCAGUCAGUGAUGUUCCGCCAUCCACAAGAAAUUCAGCAUCUUUAUCUCUUCCACUUAUACUGCAGCCUGGCAUCCCCGAGCCACCCCAGUCUCUGCUACCAGCCUCGGCACCGUCUGCUCCUCUGCCUGCUCCCUCCCUAGGAACUGGUUCCCAGCAAGCUGCAUUUGGCAACCCCCCUGCUCUCUUACAACCUCCAGAAGUGCCUGUUCCCCACAGCACACAGUUUGCUGCUAAUCAUCAAGAGUUUCUUCCGCACCCCCAGGCCCCGCAGCCCAUCGUACCAGGACUUUCUGUUGUUGCUGGGGCUUUGGCAUCGGCAGCAGCAGUGGCAUCAGCCAUGGCAGCACCGCCCCACCCACAAAGUACUACUGAGCCCUUGCCAGCCAUGGUCCAGACUCUGCCCCUGGAUGCCAACUCUGUCCUAACUGGUAAUCCCACUAUAACCAUCACCCCGACUCCCAGCACGGCUAUCCUGCAGCCCAGCCUAGUCAUGGGAGAACAGAACUUACAGUGGAUAUUAAAUGGUGCCACCAGUUCACCACAAACCCAAGAACAAAUGCAGCAAGCAUCUAAAGUUGAGAAGGUGUUUUUUACCACUGCAGUACCAGUAGCCAGUAGCACAGGGAGCGCUGUCCAGCAGAUUGGCCUCAGUGUUCCUGUGAUCAUCAUCAAACAAGAGGAGGCCUGUCAGUGUCAGUGUGCGUGCCGGGACUCUGCCAAGGAGCGGGCAGCCAGCAGGAGGAAGGGCUGUUCCUCCCCGCCCCCUCCAGAGCUAAGCCCCCAGCGUCCCGACGGGCCCAGCCUGAAGCUCCCACCACAGACCUUUUCCCCGCCCCCCAUCCCCCUUUCGUCCUCUGCUGCAUCCUCUUCCUGUGAGCCAAGCAGUCAAGCAGUGACUCCUUCAGACCCUCAGACAGAAACACUACGUGCCAUGGAUAUGUCAGAGUUUCUGUCUCUCCAGAGCCUGGACGCCUCGUCCAAUCUGAUCCCCAUUGAAGCACUACUGCAGGAAGAGGAGGAGAUGGGCCUGACCAGCAGCUUCUCCAAGUGAAAGGCCCAGAAGUGCUCGCCUCUGGGCAAGAGGAUGAGCAGGGAGCAGAAAGUGCGAUGCCUACCAUCAUGGGGUCAGCAGUUUGAAGGAUGAAGGAUGAAGAAAUCUACUGUUUGAAAUCCUCACCUUUCAGAUGUAUUUUCUCUAUUCAUAUCCCAGGAGCAUCCAUUUUUAAGGAACUGAUCUUUGGAAAAAAACAAAAAAAAACAAAACGAAAAAAAGCUAAGUUAUAAAUGAACUGUUUGGCUGCACUGUAUGUCACUUUUGCUUAUUGUCAUGUGAACUUGGAAGUUAAGGUUACUCGUACGCAUAAAAAUUCUAAAUGAAAGGGUUGUGGUUUCCAUCAAUCUGAUGCUGCCCAUCACGUGCACUGCGGUCUUUGUGGUCUGGGCAGUAGAGUUCAGUGUGUCGGAUGUUGCUCCUCCUGGUGUGUCUUUUGAGACCAACGCUGAAGCUUGCUUGGAAGGCCAGAUCCUCACUCCAUCAGAGAGGGAGGUGGCAAAGGCAGGUCAGACGGUGAGAUGGUGAGAUGGUUUUGUUGUCUGCGCUUGGUGUCGGUGGAGCUCAGGGUGAUGGUGGCAGGUGCCCUCCUGCAGCCAGCUGCAGCACAAACGGGCAGCUGAAAGCCUGGCCCGAGACAGUGGGGAUGGUCUGCUUCUUCGCAGGGGCCCUAGGCAAGUUGUUGACUGCUCUCUGUCAAUGAUACAUGUGCAGAGCAGGCUCCAGCAACACGAUCACAGUCUUUGCCUUCCUGGUUCGCUGGCUCUCUCCAUUGGUUGGUUGCCAGGGCUUGCAGAUCACAGUGAUUUUUUUCUUAGGGAACAUCCCUGCUCUGUCCUAGCGUGGACACACGGCUUAUGGCCAGUUGCUGGUCAGUGGUCUGCUUUCCUUGAAUGGUAUCUUCUUUCUCAGAGCAGAAGAGCUGCAUUUUGCUGAUCAGAAGGUGUGGCUUUACCGGAGUUUUGUUCGGGCAGCAUGUCAUCAGCGGGCCAGGUCUCCUGGUUCCAGGUUCCAGCCAGGCUUUUGGUUGCCCCCUCCCGGCUCCACCUCUCACCCCGCGGGAUUUUGUAUACAGCCUAGUACAGUGCAAAGAAGGAUGUGACUUGCUCAGCUUAGUCAUAUGAUUUCUAAACA